AUGGACGUGGAUUCCGAAACCUGGAAACCGAGUGAGCAACAAAUCCAAGAUGCACAGGAUCUUGCAGAAUUCGGCCAUGGCCAGACUCUCGAACGAAAGUUCAACCUCUGGAGCAUGCUAGCCCUUGCAUUCUGUGUUCUGGGAACCUGGUCAACCUUCGCACAAGAUCUGUCCGAUGGUCUCAUCAAUGGCGGGCCGGUCUCCAUCCUUUGGGGCCUUUCCUUGGUGACCUUCUGCAACACGUGUGUGGCAAUCUCUCUAGGAGAAAUCUGCAGUAGCAUGCCAACAGCAUUGGGUCAGGCUUACUGGAUCUACCGCUUAUGGAGCACCCCCUUGGGUCGCUUUGCCUCCUAUAUCUGCGCCUGGAUCAAUGUCUUUGGAUGGUGGACUCUUGCCGCAUCCCAAGUUGCAUUCAUGACGAACUUCAUUCUUGGCAUGAAAGUCAUGUUCGAUGAAGAUUGGACUGGCGCAUCUCAGGGAUGGUUAGAGUUCGUUGUCUAUCUUGGAUGCGUUUUUAUCCUUACCUUGAUCAAUGUCGUGGGCUGCCGGCGAGACAAGUUUCUUCCCUGGCUCAAUAAUUUCGUUGGAAUCUGGUUUUUUGGACUAUUCUUCGUCUUCUGCCUUGCUCUUCUCAUUUCCGUCGGCAUCAAAAGAGGCCUAUCUUUCCAGCCUGCUUCUUUCGUCUUCGGAAAGUGGAUCAAUGAGACAGGCUGGUCGGAUGGAGUUGUGUGGUUUAUGGGACUGGUUCAAGCAGCUUAUGGUCUCACUGCAUUUGAUGCUGUCAUCCACAUGGUGGAGGAGAUCCCUGCGCCGCGAAAGAAUGCCCCCAAGGUCAUCUAUUUUGCCGUCAUCUCGGGUGCGAUUAGUGGCUUCAUCUUGAUGAUGGUCUGCCUGUUCUGUAUCCAGGAGGUGAGAAGCGUUAUUGACGCACCAAGUGGCUUGCCGUUCAUGUCGCUGGUUCAGGAAACCGUGGGCCUGAACGGAGCUGCUGUGCUUAUCGCACUCUUCAUUAUGAACGGCCUCGGCCAGAGCGUCAGUAUUGUGACUACUGCAUCUCGCCUUACAUGGGGAUUUGCGCGUGACGGUGGCCUGCCAUUCAGUCGAUACCUUUGCCAUGUUGACCCCAUCUGGAAGGCCCCCGUUCGCGCUCUAUGGUUCCAAGGAGUCUUGAUUUCUCUGGUCGGCAUUCUUUUCCUUUUCGCCGAGACCGUCUUGAAUGCGAUUUUGAGCGUUAGCACUAUCGCCUUAACCAUUUCCUACGGUCUGCCUAUUCUGACCGUGCUUGUGGUUGGGCGCGAUAAGCUUCCACCAGGAGGAGAAUUCCAUCUUGGAAAGCUUGGUGUCCCAGCUUAUUGUGUCAGUCUGGUUUACUGCGCCAUUACCUCGGUUUUCUUCUUCUUCCCAACCGUUCCGAACCCGAAGGGCGGAGAGAUGAACUACGCCAUCGCUGUCUUUGGUGUGAUGCUGGUGAUUGCAAUGUCAUUCUGGUUUAUACAGGGUAGUCGAACCUACCUAAACACUGAGGAGUCUUCGAUUGCGAUGAUCAUCCAGGCGACGGAGGCAGCGAACAAUGAGGUUCCAAUUCCCGAAGCAAAGAAGGACGAACGCUGA